AUGAUCAGACCUGGGCAGCUCUCCCUGCUCCUCCUGGCCCUUUCGCUGGCUCUGGUCGCCAGUGCAGAGCACACUGGCAACGAGGUGAAGGUGUUGAGAAUGUUAAAACCUGUCAACACCACGAACGCCAAUGUGAGACAGAGUGUGUGGUUCGCCAUGCAAGAAUACAACAGGGAGAGUGAGGACAAGUAUAUUUUCCUAGUGGCCAAGAUUCUGCAAGCCCAGCUACAGAUCACGAACCGCUUGGAGUAUGACAUCGACGUGGAAAUUGCCCGCAGCAACUGCCAAAAGCCCGUCAGUGAGGAUGAAAGCUGCGUGUUUGCAGAGGACCCCAACCUGGAAAAGAAAUUAGUAUGCAACUUCUGGGUAGGAACACUUCCCUGGAAUGGUGAGUUCACCUUGUUGAAGAAACACUGCAGGGACGAGUGACAAAUGGUGCUGGGAGCAUCCCUCCAUCUGAGCCGGCUGCUUUCGCAGUGAAAAAGGAGCAAUAAAAGGCACGAAGCUGCCACCCACA